AUGGGUUGGUUUUGGGCAGAUAAUAAAUAUCAAAAACAUCAGACUGCUACACCUAGUCAAAUAACAUCAUCAAAUUCAUCUAAUAUACUGGGAUGUCCCAUAGAUCAUUCAUCAUUUAAAUCAUCUAAAUCAUCAAAUCAACCAGUAUGUCCAGUUCUACCAACAUCAUCCUCAAAUUCAAAUGAUGAAGUAUUGAAUCCAUUAAAUAAUAUGCCAAUGGCUAUAUCAAGUGAAUUAGCACCAGGUCAAAAAAUAAAAUUAUCAACUGAAAGAACAAUAUCUACAAUUCCAAGAGGUGAAUCAACUGAUCAAGGAUUAUGGGAAUAUCCAUCACCACAACAAAUGUAUAAUGCAAUGUUAUCAAAGGGUAAAGGAGAAGGAAUACCUGAAGAUGCCGUAGAAAGUAUGGUUGAAGUACAUAAUUUUUUAAAUGAAGGAGCAUGGCAACAAAUUUUGGAAUGGGAAGAUAAAUAUACAAAUGAAAGUAAAAUAGAACCAAGAUUAAAAAAAUUUACUGGUAAACCUCAUGAUUUAUCUCCCAAGGCUCAAAUGUAUUUAUGGUUAGGUAAAUUUUUUCCAAAUACUUUUAAUACAAUACCACCAUUUGAUAGACAUGAUUGGACUAUAUUGAGAAGUAUGGGACCUAAUCAAGGUUGGAAAGAAGUAAGAUAUGUUAUAGAUUAUUACGGAGCUCCAGAUGAUGAAGAAACUGGUAUGCCUGCUUUUAUGUUGGAUACAAGACCAGCUUUGGAUGAUUUAACUAGUAUAAAGGAUAGAAUUAUAGAUUUUGCUGGUCCUACUUGGAAAAAGGCAAUGGGAGAGGAAGUUUAG